AUGGUACAAGAAGACAUCGUGUUGGGUCACAGAAUAUCUAGGGGAGGCAUUGAAGUUGAUAAGGCAAAGGUGGAGUCGGUUGAAAAAUUACCUCCACCUAUUUUAGUGAAGGGUGUCCGGAGUUUCUUGGGACAUGCGGGUUUCUAUCGGCGGUUUAUUAAGGAUUUUUCUAAAACUGCUACUCCUUUGUGCAGGUUGCUUGAGAAAUAUGUAACUUUCAACUUUGAUGACGCCUACCUCAAGGCAUUUGAAGAACUCAAAAAGAAGUUGGUGUCUGCUCCUAUUAUUGUGGCACCCGGUUGGUCCUUACCAUUUGAACUUAUGUGUGAUGCAAGUGACCACGCUAUUGGGGCAGUGCUAGUCCUUAGGAAGGACAAGGUAUUUUAUUCCAUCUAUUAUGCGAGUAAGACUCUUGAUGAUGCACAGCUGAAUUACACCACCGCUGAGAAGGAUUUGUUAGUUGUUGUGUGGGCCUUUGAGAAAUUUCGGGUAUACUUGGUGGGAACAAAUAUGAAAUCGAAGGGGGACAGAGAACCAAACUAUGUGAAUUAUCUUGUGAAUGGGGUACUUCCUCCUGAAAUUGAAUCUGAAGCUAGAAAAAGGUUUCUUCAUGAUGUGAACUUCUACUACUGGGAUGAGCCAUAUUUGUACAAGCAAUGUGUUUGUCAGUUGAUGAGGAGAUACAUUCUAGAAAAGGAGGUGAAAUUAGUGUUGUAUGAUUGUCACGCAUCACCUUAUGGGGGCCAUCAUAGAGGAGAUAGAACAGCUGCAAAGGUACUACAAUCCGGUCUCUUUUGGCCAACUCUAUUCAAGGAUGCCCAUGCAUUUAUUAAGAAGUAUGACCAAUGUCAUAGAACAGGAACAAUCACAGGGAGGCAUGAGAUGCCUUUGAAUAACAUUAUAGAAGUUGAGCUUUUUGAUGUGUGGGGGAUAGAUUUUAUGGGACCAUUUCCAUCGUCUAGAAAAAACAAAUACAUCUUGCUAGUAGUUGACUACGUGUCAAAAUGGGUGGAGGCAAUUGCUUUGCCAACAAAUGAUGCCAUGGUGGUAGCUGCUUUUGUGAAAAAGAACAUAUUUUCAAGAUUUGGGACUCCACGUGCCUUAAUUAGUGAUGAGGGGACUCAUUUUUGCAAUCGGUUGUUGAAUAACCUUCUAGCUAAAUAUGGAGUUCGCCACAAAAUUACUACGACAUAUCAUCCUCAAAUAAGUGGGCAAGCUGAAGUGUCAAACAAAGAGAUAAAGCAGAUAUUAGAGAAGACGAUGAGUGUGAAUAGGAAGAAUUGA